AGUGUAAGCGUUUUCCUCGUUAGAGCUUCCUCUUACUUCCCCCCGCUGGAACAAAGUUUCAUUUUCUCGACUGUCUGCUAGGGACAUUAGAAGAUUUUGCGAAAGAAAAUGCUUGUGAAAUUUUUUUUCUUGUGGGAACCCUUUUGAACUUCACGUACAUUUUUCAAGACGAACCCAUCUUUAUUCAUUAUAUAUAUGCCGAUUCUUCCCAAUUAUAUGCAACUUAUUCAUUCAAAGUGAUCUCUUUCUUGCAAUAAUAUCUAAAUAUCUGUUACAAUCGAUAAGCUUUCUUUUUUGGCGCCAGUUGUCAAAAAAGUUGGUGGGCUAGAUACAUCUAGCUCAUCGUUUGGACUUGUCUUCAGUUUGAUCCUGCUAUUGAGAGUAUGCAUCAUGAAUAACUCAAGUGAUAGAAAUCUCUGGCACACCCUUCUCCUAGCAAUCACAUGUGUGGUUUCUUUUGCAGUUGUAAUUCAAGCUCAAGACUCAUCAUUUUCUAUUAGCUUCAGUUCAGGAGACUUGUUGCUUCCUUGUGUGUACCGAGGACAGCCACAUCUCCACGGAGAUGUAUGGAAUGUAGACGAAUGUACCGCUUGUAACUGUGACAAUGCCACUGUUACCUGUGUCAUCGAGAGUUGUCAGCCCGCCUUCUGCGCUGAGCCCAUGAAGCCGGUUGGAGAAUGUUGCUUUCUCUGUCCUUACAAUGUGAAAGUGAAGAAGGUACUCCCUGAGAUCACCAGUACAAACACCAUAGCAGAGGGAGGGGAUAAUAGCAUUAUCCUGGAUGUACCUAUCAAGUUUCAAGAGGCCAUGGAUACAACCGGAGUGAGUGGUGAGGACUUGUGGACACUGAGUGCAUGGGCUUCAUCAACACCUGAUGGAAGAGGACCCAGGUACGGCUAUAAUAGAAACGUUUUGGACGAUAUUCAUGAGGAUCAGGAUUACAAAAAGAAGGAUAAAUUUCAAUUUUCGGACAUCGAUUUCCGAUUCAAUGAUCCGAUGGCCGAGUGUGAAGACAUGAAGUACAUCUGCGUUCGCAUCCAACGAGGGGUGGCACCCGUUACUACUGGAGAUCUCGAAUAUCAGUUCUCCGGUUAUCCGGAUGAUAAUGUUCUUACAGGUUGCACCGGCUCUCCAGAAUGUAUAGGUAUCGCUGCCAGGGAAAUGGAUUGGACCCUAGAACCCCUUGAAACGGUUAUUCCGGGUGAACGGACAGCAGUUAGCAUCGAUAAUGCGGUAACAUUCAAAGAGAACAAUCCCUUACUCACAGGAGAUGGUCUGUGGCGCAUGGGACUAUUCGGCAGCCGGAACGCAGAAGGCACCGGGGAUCGUUUCAGCUACGUUUCCCAGACACUUAGCUUACCACAGCAAGGAACUACGCUGAAUCCCAACCUACCUCUUGAAUUUAUGGAUGCAGAAACAGAGUUUGAAAUGGGCUCCGUCGGUUGUAAUGAAUAUGGUUAUGUGUGUGUUGAAUUCACCGGAGGUGACGACCCAAUGCCAAGCUUUUUCUUUAGGGUAGAAGAUGCAAUAGAUUCUUCAAAGGAGGCUAACACCCUCGUCAGUUGCCGUGAGCAAGAGUGUCUCUCAAAUGUAUGGGCAGAGUCUUUGGACUGGGAUUUGAUACCAACUGACAGAGUCUUACCCGGUCAAGAAACCGGUGUGAGUAUUGAUAGCACUAUCAUGUUUGAAGAAGAUAAUCGCGAGGUUGCGGGAAGUGGUCUUUGGAGGAAAGGAUUGUUUGGGAGUAGAAAUCCCGAUGGCAGUGGAGAAAGGUUCAACUAUCAACGUCAGAUCCUAGACAGACCCCAACAAAGCAUUACUUUGGAUAAGAACAGUGGAAUAUUAGACGUCAACGAAGCAACAGCAACAUUUGAGAUCGGCACUGUUGGUUGCAAUGACUUUGGCUAUGUAUGCGUUGAGUUUACCGGAGGGGACAGCCCGAAUCCGAUGUACUAUUUUAGAGUUGUGGGAUCUGCUAAUGACUACCCUGAGGAAAACACACUUGUGACGUGCAAGGAACAGGAAUGUUUAGCAAGGGCCAUAUUUACAGACCUAGACGUUGACCUCGGUGACCAAGUGCUCGUCGAGAAUAAGAACAACUUUUUGAACGUAGACUUGAGUGGGAUUACGGCAGAUGACUCCACCAACGUGAUAGGAGAUGAACUAUGGAAAGUGUCUGCAUAUGCCAGCCAAAAUCCUGAAGGAACUGGGUCGAAGGUUGGAUUAGUAGAACAGAUUCUGGAUCCGUUUACAGCCGCUGCGGACCUCAACGAAGGAGAAGAUCUGCCAAUGGAUGAUGUUGAUUUCGACUUUGAUAUGACGGAUUUGAGAUGCGAGGAUGUACCAUACCUCUGCUUCGAUCUGGAUAAAAAUCCAGACGCGUCUGUAAAUUUUAUAUAUGAGUCUCGUCCUAACGAAGCUGCCACUACAACAUGUGUUGAUUUCCGUGACCGCUGCAAAGGUGCUACUGCAAUUGAUGUUGACUGGGAUCUGGAGGUUGGAGAUGGCCCAUUCGACGAGCCAAUCCCUCUGACCAUCGACGCUGACGUACUCUUCGAACCAGACAGCCCCGAUGUUAACGGAGACGGCUUGUGGCAGUUAGGUGUCUUCGCCGCGAAGAAUCCAGAGGGUUCUGGACCCCGUAAAGAUGAAGUGACCCAGGUGCUUGAUCCCCUCGACCAGUCAGUGCCCCUAGACGAAGGGGGACCUCUGCCCUUAGAUGAUGUAGAUUUUCCAUUCCCGAUCAACGAAGUCGGCUGUAGUGAUUAUAACUACCUUUGCGUGGAAUUUAAGAAAGGAGAGGCGCCCUCACCCGACUUCAAGUUCGAGACACAGAGCGGAGAGGACUCGAUUAUAUCAUGCAAGGAACAACCAUGUAGAGGUGCUCUUCCACCUUUUUUUCCCUCAAUAUUUUAUUACACUUUUUUAAAGAAAAUGAUUUAGCCACCAGCAAUGCAAUAUACCUGUACCCACAAAUAAUGGCAAUGGAGUUUCAUGGUGAAUAAGAGUAAAUCAAUUCUUAUUCAAGGUCAAAUCUAAAAUACCCCCCACUAACCUUUGGUACAGAUUAGGUGUUGCUAACGCCGGCGAGUCUCCAUCAAGAAGUCACAGGAGCCCACUUCUUUUCAAUCCUAUCAAGGGGCGUAAACAUCAAAUGUUUAGCAGGGAAAGUCUGUGCAGGUGAAUAAGUUCUACCAGGUGAUCAAUGUGUAGAAUGAUACUGGUGGUCUACUCAGGUAAGCAUGAAUAACCGGUCUAAAGAAAUGGCUUGACAUUGAAUCCCACCCCCCCCCCAAAAAAAAAAAAAAAAGGUUUUAGGUUUAAGAUGGCCACGUAGAGGAAAUAUUCAGAAGAAUUAGCCGCAUUCUUCUCAUCUGACUAGAGUCGUAUUCAUCAAACGGCUAGUUGUUACCGACCACCAGUUGGCAGUGCUAAAGGAUCGGGGUAAUUAUUCGCACCAGAUCAACACCUUCUGCCUUAUAUCACCACAAGGUGCGUAUGAAAUAUAUUUUUAUGCAUCUUCAUGCUAACAUUAUCGUUACAGCUUAAGCAUGUUUUUUCGUAUGAUGACGACUAUGCUGUGAAGACUACCGCCUUGAAGAAGGAAAGUUCAAGACUUCACGUACUAUAAAGGAAUGAUGAUCAGUGCACACGUCAACCUAACAAAUAUCAAUAUCGGAUAACAAGGUAUGUACAGGGUAAGUGGUAGUAAUUUGAAUUGAUCAAGCAAACUUGUACGUACUGUACAAGUUGAAUGUGCGAUUUUAAAACACAUGCUAUCAAUGUUAUAUACAGCUCUAGGUAAGGUCACGCGUCGUUUGUAGGUCCGUGGUCAAGACAAGGUCGGACAAGUCCAGCACCUUCCAAUGAUAUACUGUAUGAAGAACAUGCCUGACCAAGGGACCCACACACUCAAUACUUACACAAGUCUCGAGAGUUGGUAAGAUCCUUUUGACGUCAGUAAUCUUAUACCAUGAUAUUAUUUGUGUCCCAAAUAAUGGAAAUUAGAUUGCAGCUUUAGGUUAGAUGUUAUCGUGCAAUGGUGCAUCUGAUGCAGUGGAAAUCGGUUCUGAUGAGAUGGGACUCUUCACUCAUGAUCAGGACUAUGAGAUUUAUCAUUAGAUUCGGAAGAUAAGUGAACAGAAAACAACACCCCUCCAAAAAGUAAAUGAAAUGAUACAUUAACAAAUAAAUUUAGAAUAUUCACUUUAGUCGAAUGCAUUCAAAUUUGUUGCAUAGAUUUAUUUUAUUUAAUAAAAAAUGUUUAGAUGAAAUUUUAAAAUAUUCAAUGGAAGUGCUAAUUUGAAUAAAAUCAAUCAAUAUUUGGAUUGACAUGAUUAUUAAGCAAAAUUGAUAGAGCAUUUAAGCAAAUACCAAAGACAAUCGCCCCAAUGAAUUCACGAAGUAUUUGCAGUAACAACACUCGCAGUAACUCCAAACAGUAACAACUAUAAAUAUGCGCCCAGACAUGCAGGCAUUAAGAGUCUAAUAAAAUGUUUCAUCAUAGACAUUUUUUCCUUCAUUAUGAAUAUUGUGUUCGUGUUUACUAUUAAUAAAGGUCAUUCAUAUUUGCUUUUAUUUUUUUCAUAUAAUUAAUAAGGACCCAUAGGAAGCUCGAAGAUGAGUGGGUAACUUCAGAAGAGGAAGAACGUACUUGAUCACCAAAGAUUCAAACCAAUGAGCAUGAUGGGGGAAAGAGAAGAUGCUCUACUGCAUACCAAACGACCUAGACUUCCAGAACUGGGAUGAGCGACGCGAACAGGAUGAAGAAGAAACGGCUUCUAUUAUGUACUUUGAUGACGGAAAAUCGGAUUGAUAGACCUUACACCAAUCACUUGUGAGGUACGUUCUUGUCUAUAUUGAUAAUACUCCAUUUUAACUCACAUUAUCAUUAAAAAAGAUUAUUCUGCUGUUCAGUUUAAAUUAGACCACGGUCUAACUCAGUUCUGAAAUUAUCGGAAGCCCCCCCCCC